CGUUACCACCGCCGCACCGACGGCCUUAUGCCAUUCCCCGCGUGCUCACGUACGUCGUCAUCACCAUAGUGUAGACCGUCGUCGUCGUUGUCGUUGUCGUUAUCCCCAAGUCUCGACUCCCGAGGCCCGACGGUCGGCCACCAGUAGUAAACACUUGUUCAGUAUGUGAGCACGUUGCUUAUGUCAUUAGCGCUUCCGUCGACUGAUCAAAUUUUGUAUUUGACAUUAUUUUUCAUUCACUCAUUAUUUAACUCGUUAAUCGUUGUUUAUUAACUAAAAAUUAAUUUGUUAUCAUUAUUAUUUAUUUUUUCGUUGCCCAUUUUUAUUUCGUGUUUUUCGAUAUAGCAUACAUAUUUAUUUUUACGGUUUGUACACGAUAAAUGACGUUGGAAUUAUGGGCCUAAACAGCGGUCAACGAGUACGCUCCGCGCAUGUACAACUGACGGCGAUUUCUUUGGGAAUCCGGGAUCCGGAUGUCUUUGGAAUGUAAAACUAUGCUGCGAAAAAGAUUCUCAGGGGAAGUCCCUGUUAAAUUGGAUGAUACAAUUGAGAUGAGUCCCAGCAACAACGAGAACAAAAACGUAAUGUGCCACUCUGAAAAGUCCUCGCCGUCGGCUMCUUUAUCAGGUGGAAACUACUUGCAUAAGAAAUUCAAAAAAAUCGCCACAGCAGACGAUUAUCCUGAAGAGGUUAUUCCUACGCCUGUAUUAUCUACUGAUGAAUAUUCUAUCGAAGGUGUAUGGCGACAUAAAUGUCCAUACUGCAAAACUGUAUGUACCAAGCCAAGUGCGCUCGCCAAACAUUUACAAGUGCACUCUGAUGAACGUCCUUUCCCUUGUGAAACGUGYGGAUUUGCUUUUAAAACAAAAAGCAAUCUUUCCAAACACUGUAAAUCUCAAUCCCAUACAGAACGGUUAGCAAAAGAAGAACCGGAAGAAGCUAAGCCAAAAAUAUACAAGCCGAAAUUUCGCACAGCUUCAAUACACACCAAAUUUGAAGAAUUAAACACAUCAGAAAACCAUUCCGAACCGGUUCAGGUAUUAGGAAAUAAACAAGAAGAAGAUUCUUCUCAACCUUUAAAUUUGUCCGUGGUCGAUGCAGUUAAAAAAUGUCAAGAAAAAAUUACUCCAGUUGUAGUGAAUGGUCAAACCGAGCUAAAAGGUGUGUACAAAUUGCUAUUGAAUCAAAUAAUUAAGUGUAAUGAGAAUAAGGAACAGCCUUUUUGUGAAAUGUGUGGCUUAAAAUUCAAUAGUCAAGAAGACUUGGUUAGCCAUAUUUGUGAUAGAAGUCCAAAUGGAGUUAAAUAUCCAGAGCCCAAGACUGUAGCCUUGCCUCUCACGUCACCAGGACCAUUAUUAGGGCGCACACCAUUAGUUGAGUUUCACAGACCAAAGGAACCUGAUGUACAAAAACCUGUUGUUUUGCGAGUGGGUAAUUUGAUACAACAACAGGAAAUGAUUGCCAUUUUCCAGACCAGCCGUGCUGUACCUUUUGUGCCAGGUAUUCCAGGACCACAUACAGCAAUGCCUCGUCAAUUACGACCGCAAUAUGAACCAAAACAGACUGAUUCUCCACCUUCAAAGAAACCAAAAGUAGAUGAAAAAUGUCUUGUUUUAACAUCUCAUCAUCAGAUUCCAACAACUACUACAGCUACUAGUACAGUGGCUCAGAAAUUUGUACGACCAACCUCAUUGGCAUUCAAACCAGGAUCAUUCAGUACUAACCGCAUGUUGCCCAUGGUUAGUCCAGAUACUCCAAGACCAAAAAAGAGCUACCAACAAUUAUAUCUUAAUGGCCAUGCAUACACUUAUUUGGGAUUAAAAUGUACGACAAGAGUAUUUUUUUGUACCCUGACCAAAUGUCAACCCACAUACACAAUUCUUCCUGAAGUUAAUACUAUAUCAAUGUAUUCAAAUUGGAAGAUUUGUUCUGAUAUGGGGAGUAAUAUGCUGGGUGUUCGAGGAAUGGAUUUAUAUGACUCAAGUCAGCAUAACCACGGGUAUACACAAGCUGGUCAAUCUCAUGAUUAUAUGGUUGCCCAUUCAUCUUACAAGCACCAACAGUUGCCUGAUCAAACCAACAGAGUUGAAACCAACUCUUUUGGUAAAUUAAAGAUCUGCCCUGGAGGUUUUGAAUCCAAUGAAGAUUAUGUAUAUGUUAGAGGCAGAGGAAGGGGUCGAUAUGUAUGUGCCGAUUGUGGCAUUCGUUGUAAAAAGCCUUCAAUGCUCAAGAAACAUAUCAGAACCCAUACUGACUUAAGGCCAUAUACUUGUACACAAUGUACCUUCAGUUUUAAGACUAAAGGAAAUUUGACAAAACAUAUGAAGUCAAAAGCACAUUUCAAAAAAGGAGUUGAGCAGGAUCAAAAUCCAAUGUCCAUGGAUGAUAUUAAACAACUAGAUUCUGAAGAUAUGGAAGACUACUCUGAAGAUAACAUGGAUGAAGACGAUGAUAUUGAUGAUGAAGAUGAUGAUGAAGAAGCAGUAGAUAAACACGGAUGGCGUAAAACUCAAUCAGAUUUUGAUGCUGCACGUUCAUUAUUAAGACUUUCACAAGUCURUCCAUCACAAAUACCUCAGUCAAAUCAUGCAAAAGCUGGUAUAUUGCCUUAUGACCACAGACCUGUGUCAUAUCCAUAUCAAUCUCUUUUAACUCUGACUGAGUCUGAAGUAAAAAAUAAUCACCAGUAUCAGAAGCAAAAUAGUCCACCUUUACAAUCUGGAAGCAGUCUUUCAGUCCCACCACCAUUACCUGUUCCACCCACACCUGUUUUUAAUAAUUCAGAUAUGAUUCAAACAGCACCUGCAGAUUUGAGGCAUAAUGUAAAUGCAAUUCUAAGCAGUAGCCCAAAACCAAUGGUUAAUAAACCAAUGGAUCUAUCACGUUUUGGAAGUAGUAAAGAAUUAGAACAAAUAAAUAAACCACAAGUAAUAUUACAAUCCYCCAAAAAACCUAAAGCAUUAUUUCGACAACCUACUACUAAUGGUCCAUCACAAAAAUAUACCAGUAUUCUAGAAGAUGGACGAAGUAAGUGUAUGGUGUGUGAUAAGGUAUUCAAUAAACCUAGUCAAUUACAAUUGCACAUUAAUAUACACUAUUUUGAACAACCAUUCCGAUGUGAAGGUUGUAAAGAAUCAUUCCGAACCAAACAUUUGCUUCAAAAACAUUUGGACUCUAUCUCACAUUUGAAUAAGGUAAAUAUGAUGUCCACUCAAGGGCCUAUUGUUAAGAAUCCAAGACCAUUUGAAUGUGCUGAUUGCCAAGUUGGUUUCCGAAUUCAUGGACAUUUAGCUAAGCAUUUACGAUCCAAAAUGCAUAUACUUAAAUUGGAGUGUUUAGGAAAGAUACCAUUUGGAACAUAUGCUGAAAUUGAACGCUUAGGGUUGAACUUGAAUGAUAUUGAUACUACUGACUGUGACAGUGCGUUAAAGAGUUUACAAGCUAGCCAAAAAGCCACUUAACAAUAGUCAAUACAAGUCAAUGUUAAAUUCUUGUAUGGACAUUUUUCAAAGCGCUCAACGUGAAAAAAAGACUGAUCUCUAGAGUUCGACGGAUUGAACAACUAGAAAACUGUGAUAACAAGAGACAUGAAACCACCUAAAAGGUUUUAAAGGGAUUUUGGCCUAAUCACAGACCACUAAGAAACUGAGCGAUUACACAUUUUUUACCCAACCUAUUUAUAUAAAUACUAAUCUAUUCUUAUAUUUAUUAAUAUAUGAAAACUGGG